AUGCCCACCUCACUCAGCCCAAUCCUCACCAUCAUGUCAGUACAGGGUACUCGGGCACCGCGUUACUCAUAACUUUGUACUUACUCCGACAUUUGUCCUCCAACAGGGCGCCCCUGGCGACAAGCUCGUCCACGACGACCUCGACUCCCCUCGUCGCCUCGAGCCGUGUACUGCACUUCAAGACCCAUUCCCACUUCCGCCACCGCCUGAUCCUCUCCCUCCUCUCCCGUCGACCGAUCCGCAUCGACUCGGUCCGUUCCUCCCUCUCCUCGCCAGGUCUCCGUCCAUACGAAGUCUCCUUCCUUCGCCUGAUCGAGAAAAUCACCCAAGGUUCUCGCGUCGAAAUCUCCUACACCGGUACAUCGAUCCUCUUCCACCCGGGGACACUAUCCGGAGGAUCCUUCACGCACCAAUGUGCUAUGGAACGUUCGAUCGGAUGGUAUUUGGAACCGUUAUUGGCGAUUGCUCCUUUUGGGAAGAGCGAGUUGAGGUUGGAUUUGAAGGGCACGACGACGGAUGGGAGGGAUGCGAGUGUUGAUACGGUCAGGGUUAGUGGGUUGCCACAUUUGACUAUGUUUAUGGAGGAUCAAGAGGUCGAAUUGAGGGUAGGUCCAUCGCAGUAUCUAUUAAUCAGCCCGAGCCCGGAGGACCGCGAAGAUUUGCUUUCUUGGGCUCGGAGAGAGCAGGGCAAGCGAAUACUAACCCGAGCUCGUCCUUGCUUCCGAUUUCUGUUAACAAGAUUCUGAAACGAGGUCAUCCGCCCCUUGGAGGUGGUCAAGUCAUCUUCGCUUGCCCUAUCGUCCGGUCCAUUAAGAGCGGAUUCGACUUCACGAGCGUCGGGAGGAUCAACAAGAUUCGAGGCAUCGCGUGAGUUGUGUUGACUACAUAUUACAAUGACUUGGCAUCGACAUUUAUUGACGGGAACGAAGUCACUCAUACCAGGCACUCUGUCCGAGUCUCGCCUCAACUCGCGAAUCGACUUGUAGCUUCGGCUCGAUCCGUACUUAAUCGGUACAUCCCCGACGUCUACAUUCAUACCGAUGUCUACCGUGGAGAGGAUAGCGGAAAGUGAGUGGAUAUUUAAAUUCAUCUUUCGAGGAGAAAAGGCGCCCGAACUCACUCUUCUCGUAUCCUUCCUCGUUCACCUCAGGUCCCCCGGUUACGCCCUCACGCUCGUCGCCUCCUCGACAUCCCAAGUGAUCCACUCGACUGAAGCGAGCUCGUGCCCACCCCUUCGAAAGCCUGAGAAUUGGGCGCCUCCCUCCCCUGAGGAACUUGGCGUUCAGGCCGCGCAAGAACUGCUUGAGGAGAUCCGAAGAGGGGGCUGCGUCGAUCGAGGAUGGGAAUGGCUGGUCACGUUGAUGUUGGUCCUGGGGGGUGAAGAUGUUGGGAAGUGUACGAUCGCUGGACCAUUUGAUGCGUUCUUGUAAGUGGGGGAUCUUCGAUUGGGUGUUACGCUCGUGGUUCAGAUCACGUAUCUGAUCCCCUUCGCUCUUCGGACUUUCCGAUUCUCAGCAUCGAGCACCUCCGGGACCUCAAAGCCUUCUUCGGCACGACGUUCAAGAUCAAGCCCGUUGCGACUAACAUACCAGAAGACGAGGGUGCUAUUGAGGAUGAGGAUGAAGAUGGCUCGAUGGACGUCGAUAGGGUCGCCAAGACGAAUAGGAGAGCAGCACCGGCGGACCAGUACACGCUCAGUUGCGUCGGAACGGGGUACACCAACACCGCCAGGAAGACGUAAGUUUCUUGUUGUGGGUGUGAUGACGUCAUCUUUGAAUGCUUUGCUGAUGUUUUCACGUCGAUCUGCGUCGCCGACAGUGGCUGAAACUUUUGCAGCCCGGUGCGUGCGACCAACGACUUCAUGUGCCUCUCCAUCUCGGCAGCUCUCGACUUGAAUUGCUGCUCUAUAGGUUGUGGCACCCAUGUUGUAAUUAGCAUCCUUUUGUUUCACCGUCUGCGCUCCACCUAGUUCACGCAGAUGCUGAAUGGUGCUAACGUGAUACUGACUCGGGGGGGAUCGUGCACGGUUCGCUCCUUGCCCCGCCCCCCGCGCUCGAAGCGCAUCUCUCACCUCUCUCUCUCAUCCUCAUCCUUACCACUCCAUGCAUUGUGUGGCGACCUAGUCACCACACCUACAAAUCCAAUUGUUUCUUCCUCUCUGCUUCUUACUUCACGACCUCAUAUCACGUCUGCAUAGCAUCGGCACCUCUAUUCACUGCUUAGUUUCACCCGCUUCCCUUCUUUAUCUCGACCACUUGCCGACUUACAAAGAGCCGUCGAGUCACCCCACCUUACCAACGGCUUCCAAUCGCCUCGCAAACCAUCGCACUGUUUCGACUCGGAUUCGUGAACGCGCAAGUAGAGGAGGGGACGAUCAUGUCGUCGAGUAGUACCAAAGGUGAAGACGGCGAUGGUCGUAAAGCGAGCAAUGCGGGGGUUAGACUUUCGGCGCUUGACAACGAGGAGCCAACUCCUCACACGCCCCAGCCCCAAGCUCAGCCUCAGUCGCGCCGUCCGCGCAACGUCGCACCGCCGGCCCAUAGGACGAGCGCAUCCACUUCAACGACGAGCACUACCACGACCACGACCACGACCACUGCUUCUUCUCAAUCUCGCCAAACGCAUUAUCGCUCUCUGUCCUUACCUGAACGUUACUGCUCGCCGACCAGCUCCAACUCCCUCGCAUCGGAUUCACCCCUGGCAACUCUCAUCGCAAAGUCACCUUCGCCGCUUCAGCUCGACGUGGCUUCGUACGACCGACCUUCGAAUACGACGACGCCCCACUUGCGCUCGUCGAAUCCCGGUCGCACACCUUUCCAGUUCCAGCAAUCCCACGACGACACGUACGAAUCGGCUCAGAGCCCCGUAGAUGCACUGGCUGGUAGGAUGACGCCGUUCCAUUUCUUCCGAGAGACCGGUAGCGACGACGAUCGCCCCUCCACCUCGCGCGCAUCGAUGCCCGCCUCUCUCUCUCGCGCCUGGACCUCGCAGGCCGACCUCAAUAGCCAGGCGGUUGCCACUGGUCGCUCAAAUGGUACCACCUUCGGAGAAGCGUCUUCGUCAGGGUCAACGUCCAUCUUAGGUCACAACAUCUGGACCGACCCACCUCCUACCCGAGCGCCGAGUCGUCAAGACUCGAUUAUGAGCCUGCGUGUCCACUCGGAUUCCCAGCUCGAGUAUCUUCGUCAAUGGCAGGACCCUCCCCAGCCACCCUCUCAAGAUGAUGUCGCCGAUAUUGGGAGCCAGGGCAUAGGUCUCGAAUGGGCUCCGACGUCGACCAUGUCAAUGCUCGAAUUGACGAAUCGGGUCGGGAUGCUCUCGGAUAUGUCCAUGUCGCUGCGCGAUCGGGUUCUCGCACUCGAGCGCGACAGGAUGAGGAAGUCGCAAGAGCUCGAUCAGCUUCGGGGGUUCGUACAGAAUGCUUUGAUGAACCAGCACCAGCAUCAACGACCUCAGUACCCGUCCCAUGCUGUGAUCGACGCACCCCACCAACGUCCGGUCCUGACCCCUCUUCGUCCACCUUCGGCCUCGGGCUGGAACGGUGGAGGUCGUACCUACGGCAGCGGUGGCCAAGUCGAAUCAAGCCUGCAAGCAUAUGCUUCUUUCCAUACUCCCCACCAUAGCCGUCACCACACCCCGUCUUCUUCGAUUGGUAGCUUUCUUGAUUCGAUCGGAAGUCACACUACCGAAGACGCCGCCACCUGCAGCACCGCUGGAUCCUUGUCGUACUAUGGAUCGGCAUCGUCGUCUGUUGCUCAUUCGCCUGUCGUCUCGCAAGGUCCUUCGAUCGCAAAACUUGCCGAGUACCGCUUCGCGUCCAGUCCUGGCGAUGGUGGAGGCUUCAAUGGUGCGACCGGCGGCGAGGGUGGUCGAGGACCGUUCCGAUUCGGCGCAGGUGCUUUGCCCGCGCCAGGUGAGACUCUCCGAGGUGGACCGACGAGCCAAGACCUCUCGACCUCCUCUUCCAACUCGGUCGUACCACCUCUGUGGACCGAGAAGCCGAGUGGACAUCGGCGGUCGCGCGGGAGUGAGCCGGGACCGAUCUACCAUACUGGUGGGCAAGGUCAUCAAGGUCGCGACAGGGAUCGUGAUCGUGGUGGCUCCAUGUCGGCGAUCUCUCCGCUAUCGGCUCAACCUCAGUGGAUCACCAGGCAGACGGUGAGUGGUGAAAUGCAGAGUUCAAACUGGGGAACGAGCCCUGGACUGAUCUCGUUAGUAGGACUCUUCAGUCGUUCGAGCACAUUAACUACCGAGCGCUCCUCGAGAAUGAGACCGACAUUGAUGAUGAGGUUGGUACAACAAUUGUGUUGUAGGAAAAGGCCUAGAAUCUGACGCAUGGGCUGAUAUGAGGCUGAAUCUAUCUCUUCAGGCUUUCGUUCGACGCGUCAUGAACCAGAACGAUCAGCAGUGCUCCCUGUUCCUUCAGCAACGCGUGCGCAGCACCUCGUCCGACCUGAGGCGUCGAUCGUUGUUCAAUGCCGUCUUGAAGCACUUGCUACCCCUAGCGGUGUCCAAGUUCGGUAGGUUUCAAAUUAUUUCAAAUAUCAGCUUCAAAUCCAACAAUUGACAUCGUCAACUAUGGCACUGAAUCCCAUCCGUGAUAGGCAAUUUCCUCGUCUCGCGAUGCCUCGAGUACGGUGGCAACGAACUCGCUUCAAUGUUCACGCAGAGGCUCACGGGAAGGUUCCUCGAGCUUACACUCGAUCAUGCGGGUUGUCAUGUCGUCCAAAGGCUGCUGGAUUAUGGCGGUCAAGUGACCAAGGUAUGCUCCUCAUGUGCUGCCACAGUGCCUAGCCAGCCCUCAUUGAACCUCUCUCUGUGCUUGUGCCCAGACCCUCGUGGUAAAAGAGUGAGUACAUCGGUUGGUAUACGAAUUCGAACACCGAUAUUUGUUGGUUGCUGUUUAUUUCUCGCAGAAUGAUGGACCAGCCCUUGACCCUGACGUCGAAGAAUGCAUGUCACUGCUGGAACCGGCUACUCUCAACCGUGAACCCGCCCGAAUUUUACGAAGGACUCGCGCGCACGGGUCGCGGUCUUUGGGCCGAGGUGCGUAAAUGACCUAUGUACAGAAACCAAAAAGAAAAAGAACCAGCAAUCACUGACGUGGGUAACCACGCUACUCAGAUUACGAAAGAGGAAGGAGGCUCGCUCGUUUGCCAGCACACUCUCGAGGAUUGGCCUGCGGCUCACACAUCGGUCAUCGCGAGGGAACUGUACGACAGCAUGGAGCAGGUCGCGAAGUCGUCGUGCGGCAGUUUCGUUCUUUCCACCUUGCUCGAUCGCAACGCGCUUCCCUUCCGUGCCAAGUUGAUGGACAUCGCCCCUCGUCUCGCACUCGAUUCGUUUGGAGCCAAGGCUCUCGAAAAGGCGAUCCGCACGGGCAAAAUCCAGGCUCACGCAGUGGCAACCUUUGUUGAGGUGAUCUGCCGAUCACAAGAUGGGUAAUUUCACUCUUUCGUCCAGGUAUCGGCGAUGAAUCCAUAGACUGAGAAGGGGCAUGAUUUCACAGCCACCCUCCUGCCCUCGUCGACGUCGCUUCUCAUGCGAACGGCGCCCAACUCAUCAAUGUUCUCUUGACUGGCGGCAACUCGGCUUCUUAUGACAGUCGCAUGAUAAUUGCACGCACCGUGUCGCAGCAUGCGGUAAGUAAGUCUCAAACGUGGAUGGGGCUGAAAUGUCAGCUAACCUCUCGGUCCUCAUCGUGCAGUCGGUCCUGAAGCAUGCACCUCACGGCCAACGCGUGUGGAACAUCUGCCAGGCCAUGACCGUUCGAACUUGA